UCUAGAGUUCAGUUCAGUUCGGUUCAUAGAAACACUACAUACACUGAAGAUGAAGACGACAAUAAAGAAUCUUCUAACAAUGAUAACUCUAAUGAUGAGGAUUCCUUCAAUAACAAUAAAGAUGAUAAAGGGUUCUGUGGUUUUUCUGAUGAUGAUGAAGGUUAUCAUUACUAG